AUGGAGGACAGAGCGGCGGAUCGGGUGACGGAGGAGAAGCUGAUCCUCUAUCACUGGACUCAUUCCUUCACCUCCCAGAAGGUGCGGCUGGUUAUUGCAGAGAAGGGGUCUGAAAUGUGAAGAGCAUGAUGUCAGCCUACCCUUGAGUGAGCACAAUGAGCCAUGGUUUAUGCGCCUUAACCCAUCAGGAGAAGUUCCAGUCCUUAUUCAUGGAGAAAAUAUCAUCUGUGAAGCUACACAAAUUAUUGACUACCUGGAACAGACAUUUACUGAUGAUAAAACAGCAAGACUUGUUCCAGAAGAAGGAAGUGUGUAUUACCUGAGGGUACAACACUACAGAGAACUAUUGGAUUCCUUGCCCAUGGACGCCUAUACUCAUGGCUGUAUCCUACAUCCAGAGCUAACAGCAGAAUCUAUGAUACCAGCAUAUGCCACAUCCAGGAUUCGUACUCAAAUUGGCAGCACUGAGUCUGAACUCAAGAAACUUGCUCAAGAAAAUCCAGAUCUUGAAGAUGCUUACAUUGCAAAGCAGAAACGCCUAAAAAACAAAUUGUUGGAACAUGAUAAUAUAAAAUACCUAACAAAAAUAUUAGAUGAGCUGGAAAAAGUCCUGGAUCAAGUUGAAGUGGAGUUACAGAGACGAAGUGAAGAAACUCCAGAGGAAGGCACAAGUAAUGAUUCCUGGCUCUGUGGACAGUUCUUCAGCCUAGCAGAUGUAUCGUUAGCUGUCACUCUCCACCGGUUGAAGUUCCUAGGAUUUGCUAGAAGAAACUGGGGGAAUGGCAAGCGCCCUCAUCUAGAGGCAUAUUAUGAACGGAUCCUACAGAGAAAGACUUUCAAUCAAGUUCUGGGAAAUGUCAACAAUAUUUUAAUCUCUGCUGUAUUGCCCACUGCAUUCCGUGUGGCAAGAAAACGAGCUCCCUCCAUUCUUGGUUCCACUCUAAUGAUGGGGUUACUUGCCGGAGCGGGGUACAUCUUCUUCAUGUGCAUUAGAAAGAGACUGUUUAAUGUCUUCACCUCAAUUAGGGCAAAACACUUUUUUUAG